AAGACAACAGCGCAGUAAAUUCCAAGAAGUUCACCAUAUCCCGUUAGGAGGCGUAGAAGAGAUAGCGAUACACCAAUGAAAGCGAGUACACCAUGUGCACGAAAGUAACAGGAAGAGCGUACAACAGCACAGUUCUAGCAGAAGAAUAAGACUCACGGGCUGGAAAAAAAAGGUUUGAACGGAAAAUGUCUUGCCCACUGCAAGUAGAGUGAGAAAUGUUUUCUCCGGUGCGUGUUUGAAUGAGCCGUGGGAUCUUGGUUGUCCUGGCUUGGUGCUAGUGCCGGUGCAUGUGCGUACAUUUGUGGUAGUAUUUGCGAAAGUUUCGCUCGCCAGCAGACUUUGCGGAACCUGCAACAUAGUGAUCUUCGACGUCGUCGUCGUCGCCGUCGUCGUUAGGAAGAGGGUGGCGCAGCGGAAGGCAGGAACAGGCAGGCAUCAGCAGCGAGCGGUACAAAGCGGCAACGAAGACAACGGCGAUGAAAGAAACAAGAGUUUGACAGCGAAUGACAGCAGCAAAUAGGAAGAAAGAAAGUGGUGAAAGAACUCCUGCCGAACAGCAAGAGAGUUAGUAUAGAGUGAAAAAAUAUUUCAUAUUACGUUGCAAUUGGCGAACAUUGUGGCAAACAGAACCGACCCGCAGCCCUCUCGGAUGGUGCCCAUCGGCGGAGAAACAGUACACGCUAGCAACAAGCCUCCGUGCGGGGAAAACAAGGGACUGCGAAAAUGUGCGAUGUUUGCUCCGGGUUUCUGAAUCUUCUUGUUUCGUACGAGUCCAGAUUGCACGGCAGCAAUGACACCGAUCAACCGGUGUUCCUGCAGAAGCGCGAGGUGGAAAUCGUCCUCAACUACAUCCAAACGUGGCCGAACAGGCAGUGUAUGUGCUGCUAUCGGGAUGUGAAAAACUUCGAGCGGUUCAACCUGGUGCUGCAGGGUAUAAUCUGUUUUACCGUGCACCAGCUGAAACACAUUCGCAAGCUGUUGGCACAAAACCAGCUGCAGGCAUCGGCGAGCGCGACCGGAGCUGGACAGACGCUGCCCGGUGCUGCGAAUGUGUCGGAGGCGUCGGGUGCAUCGGACCCGGGUGGCAGCAAUGCAACAGCCGAGGAUGGGAACGAAAAGACGGGAACCGAUGGUCAGGCACCAACCUGUAAGUCUCCAACGGACAGCGCCGACUGUGGCCAGGCGGAUGUCACAUCCAAGGAGGCAGAGCAUAGUGGUGCUGGUGAGUCGGGUGUUGGAUCGAAGCAUGCGCCCACUGACGACGGAAGACAUGCCGAAAGGCAGCAGUCCGCGGUUACGAGCAACCAACACACGAUGGACGAACAGUGGACACUGCUGGACGUGGAGAAGCUGCUGAUUCUGGUGUCGAAGGUGUUCCUGCUAAAUUUCCCCCUGUACGUCGCGUACAAGCACAGUGUGCACACGCGCCUGGAGGACGUUUCACCGCAGGAGGUGCAAUCGCUCAGCCUGUUCUGCGAUUUGCAUGAGACCGAAAUUUCGGCCUUCCUGCUGCGCAACGUUUCGCUGUUCUGCAACUACGGCGGCUUUGAGGCAAUGAUGCACUGCUUUGACCAGCCCGGACUGCCCGUCUCGACGGCCCAUGCCAUCACGGCCACGAGCUCCAACAUUAAACUGUGGAUCAACUACCGCUCCACCAUGCAGCUGUUCAUCCCGUUGCGCGUGAAGGUGCUGCAGUACAUGUGCCGGCUGUCCGAUCAGGACCUCCGGUCGCCGGCCACAAAAUCGAUGGCCGACUUCAUGUGGACCGCCAUCAAGGAUCCGUUCGAUUCGCAAAUUACGUUCGACACGGAGGGGCUGGCGCUAGCGUUCAAGUACUUCACCUCCUCCACGCUGACGAUGCGCCUGGCGGGCAUGGCGCAGAUCAACGCGCACAUCAACAUGUUCAACGACAUCUGCACCUCGGAAACCGUGUCCGAGGUGGAGGCAGUCGGGCUGAAGCUGGCCAACUGGCUGUCCGAGAACCAGAUCAUCUCGCACCUGUUCGGACCGAACCUGCACGUGGAGGUUAUCAAGCAGUCGCACAUCGUGCUGAACUUUCUAGCGGUCGAAAACCAGAUCACCGAGGAGCACAUUACGCUGAUGUGGCAGGCGGCCCAGCUAAAGCACUGCUCGAAGACGAUCUACGACAUCUUGCCCUCGUUGGUGAAGAACCUCGCACCGACACCGGCGACCCACCUGUACUCGCUGCUGUGCCGGCUGGACCCGAAGGAGCAUACGGAGCAGAGUAUCUACAUUACGUCCGCACUGACGAAGCUGAUAUGGAUGCGGGACUGCUCGCGGCAAACGCUCAUCGAUAUGAGCAAGUCGGCUGGCAACACCAUAAAUGAUAUUGCGACGGGCCGCGGGGAUUAUAACGAGCUGCCAUCCAGCUCGGAGAACAGCGUUAGCGUCGAUGGCACCAACAGCGAGGACGAGCAUCCCGAGGAUGACAGUUCCGAUCCGGACGUGCCAUCAUCGGUGGUGCCGGUGGUGGUAGCCGGUGGCCAUAAGCCGCCCGGACCGAUUCUGGGCAUGGUUCCGGACCGCGAGGGAGAAUCCGACAAUGGGGCUCCUCCUUGCAAGCAGGCGCGCCAUAAAAUUUGUUGUGAUGAAACUACGGAUGACAGCAUCAAGGUAGAACCAGAUAUUUACAAUGUUCAGAGAAAUAAGGAGAAAAUAAGAAUUCCUCUAAUGACACGCUCGAUCAACACGUUCAACGAGGAAGGUACGAGCAGUGACGAUGGCAUCGAUAUGGAUGAGGCGUUUUUAAUGCGCAAAAAGCUGCGCAAAAAACGUCGCAAAAUAAGCGGGCUCACGCGCAAAGAGUUGCAAGAGCUGCACGAAAGCGUUUCGGACGUGGAGGAUAGUGAUCUGCUCGCUGCAAUGCUACCGGACAGCGACUGUAGCGAUAACAACCUGCAGACAUCCGUGUUGCGCCACAUUCAACAGCAGCAGCAGCAGCAGCAACAGCAGGCGCAGCAGGCGCAGCAGCAUCACCAUCAUCACCACCAUCACCAUGGUGGCCCGCUCGGUCCAGGCAUCGUUGGUAUGAGCGAAAGGGAGCAGCAGCUAGUUGCCCGUGCCGGUAACAGCCUGAUGGGCGCGGCAGGGGUCGCAUCGCUCGGCGAUGAUGUAUCCAGUUUCAUGGGCGCCAUGGGGGAGGGUCGGCUGAUCAACUUCCUGAAUGCGGCGGAUGCGGCAGACCACGAUGGCAGCUGUUCGUCGCCGAUGAGCAACAAGUCGGAAAAGAACAUGGCCGACUUUGACGACGAAGACUCACCGUGCGAGGAGGAGCUGGCACAGUUGGCGGCACGUGCCGAAUCGCUGCACCAAGGAUUUCCAAUCUCGAGACCGCGCUCGAUUGGAACGGUGGCCGGUCCGUCGCCGUUACGCGCUGGCGCUGCCGGAAUGGGCAUGAUGAAACAUUUGCCCCAUCAGCACUCGCCCGGAAUGCACCGAAUGGGGGCAAACAAUGGAGCGAUAAAGAUGGGGAAAGGGGGAUCCACGAAGACGAAAGACAUUCUGCAGGCAACAGCAGCGGCUGCCGCUUCGGCCGGUCCCGUGGGUACGAUGAUGAUCGGUACGCCCUACCGCUUCCCCGAUGUGUGCCUUCCGGGCAAUACAUUGCUGUGGGAUCUGCUUCAGGAUGAUAAGAUUGGACAGCUGGGCGAAUCGAUCGCACUGGAGGCGGAGAAAGUUCUCGGCACGUUGCUUUGCUUCCACACGGACAAGCACAUUCGCACGCGGUUCAUCGAAGGCUGUCUGCAAAAUCUGGCCGAAAAUCGGAGCGUGGUGACGAGCUUGAAGCUGCUGCCCAAGCUGUUUGCAUCGUUCCAGCAGUUCCGCGACGUGACCACGCACCAGGUGGUGCUGUGGUCGGAACGACAGCAUCGCAUGAUGUUUCAUUUCUUCAACAACUUGAAACACUACACGUCAACGUUUCGAAACAGUGCAGGCGCAGCCAGUGUAGUACUACCACCGUCCGAUGGCACCGGACAGUGCGGACCGCUUUAUUCGCACGUAACCCAGAUCCAGGUGCGGCUGCAGUUCCUCACGUCCGUCUUUAGUGACGUCGGUUCGCCGAGAAGCUUUCGCCUGACGCUGAACCAGGUGGACAGCCUGUGGGCCUGUCUGGCCAACGAUCCAGAGUGCAGCGAUUGUCUGUUUUCCUGGCUGCAGGCCCAGGUGAAGGGCGGCGACACCCAUGCGCUCGGAUUAAACGCAAUACAGCAUCUGUAUCUGAAGCGCCUGUCGGAGCUGAAACCGGAAGGCAUUUCGAUGGUUGCGUUGGGCCUGUUUCAACAGCUGUUUACCCUCGGUCGGGAGGAGAUUUUCGGCCAACCGGUUGACGGUGGCGAGCGCGAUCGUGAAACGGACACGGUCGGCAUGGAGCACCUGUGGAAGAUAGCUUUGCGGGCAACCAACACCGACGUGUCGCUGUCGGCCAUCCAGUACAUCAACACUUACUACAUGGAGAAGCAGCUGAAGUACGAGCACCAGUUUGUGGCGCAGUGUAUGAACCAUCUGUCGCAGGCGGUCGAGGAGCUGAAUCAACAUUCGGACAACAACGGGCCGGCCACCGAGUAUGCGCUGAUGUGCGUGCAGCGUGCGCUGAUGCUGCUCAACACGCAUCUCGACACAUUCCGGCGACGAUACGCGUACCAUUUGCGUCGCUGGGCCCUCGAAGGCAAAGACAUAGGGGCACACAGUGCCCUGCGCACGGAGGGCCCCGGACCGCCGAUUAGAAUUGUGCUGCAGCCGGCGGGCGUGCCGGACAAAUCGUUUCUCAACAUGCACGCGAGCGAUCUGGUGGCAGACCUGAAGGCGGAAAUUGCCAAGUGGUGGGAAAAGUAUCAAGCUGCUCCGCAGGCGAAAACAGCCCCUGCCAACAACACCAGCACUCCGGGCAGUGGGGGCGAGCAGAACAGUGCAGGUGGUGGCAGUCCGGCCCCGGUGCUCGGGCUGCUGCUAAACGAUGGGCCGCUGAGAAUCAUCACGCAGGGUCAAGAGAUCACGUCCGAGUACGAUGAGCGCAGCCUGGCGGACGUGGGUUUUAAAGAUAAUCAGAUGGUGUACGUGUCGCUCGGCGGACGCAGUGGCCGAAGGCGCGAGCAGAGCGAAAAUCCUUCCAUGCAGCCACCGCCCCCGAAGGACUGUCUGCCGACGCUGCUGCUGCUAAAGCCACCGUACUUUGAGCAGCUGUUCCGCUUGAUGCAAACGCUGGGCGACAUGAAAAUCAGCACCACGGGAGAGCGCUGCCAGCCCAACACCAAGGCACAGUUGCUGUCGCGUCGCGUCUGGGACAUACUCGCGAUGCUGCCCACGUGCCCUUCCUUUUUCAGCACGCUGAAAAAUCUGUCCUUCAAAUGUGCAGCUCGGCCGAAAACGGACGAACAGUGCGAGGAGGAGUUGGGCGAAGCGAAGCUACCACAGCAGAGAGGUGACGAAAGUGCGGAAGGCUCCGUCAAGGAAACAGAUCCCCUACUAGGUGGUUGUUACACGCUGGAGGAAAUUCUUGAUCCGUACAACCUGCAAAAGUUCAUGUACGCCCUGCACAUUGUGGAGAGCCUGUGUAAAUCGAAGUUUGUGGGCAAUUGUUGUGGCAGCGGUGCCGGUGGCGUGAUGCACUUAAAGCAGGUUCCGUUCACCGAGGGUGGAAAUAAUCGUGGCACGGUGGGAGUGGCCGGGACAAGCUCCAAAACGCUGUUGGUUAAGAAUCAACUAAAGCUGAAGAUUUCCUCUUCCAAGUCGCUGAAAAUGCAACAACAAAGUGGUACCCCUAGGCAGGAAACGUCCGUUGCCGCAGCAACCAGCAAUCGAUCGCCAUCGAAGGGCGGCAAACGGGUGGAUUUUGCACCCACCUCACCAGGGCCAGGUGUAGUGAAACCAACGCCAUUGUGUAGUGAGGACGAACGCUCGGCCGUACUGGCCAAGGACAGGGCGGACGAGAGUGCGGAAAAUAAGGAAAACACACCGAACUGCGACGGGGCUACGAGCAAACCAGAAGAGCAACGAACAGGUGAAACGCAGCAAGCGAUUGAAUGUGAGCCAGAAGGGGCGAAUACAGGAAACGCUCAUCAAGACCCCGUGCAGGUGGAUGAACCGAAAAAGUCUGAGCGCAACCGAGACGCGGAAGCCGAUCGGAACGAAUCCUGCGCCAGUUCGUCGCGCGUAGUCGAGUGGAGCGAUGAGUUUAUGCGUUGCGGUGGGUUGGCCCACUUGUAUCGCAUCUUCCUCUCCGGUGUGCUGCAAAAGUCUACCGACGGAUCGGACGAGAGCGAAUUGAACGAGUGGCGGCACGACUGUCUGGCUUCGUUGCUGCGCAUCAUGUGUCUGCUGGGCAUGGAUGAGCUGAAGGCCACCGAAGCGGAAGGGAAUGCGAUUUUGAUACCACCGCUAAAUCGCGAAACACUUGCCCUGUUCGAACCGCGGCCAACGCUCGAGCGCAUUGCGUCGAUCCUGAACGAGGAAUCGCUUCCGGUCAAUCCCAACCUGUUCAAGACGGGCCUGUUCGGUCGGCCGCAGGUCAUACAUUACGCGAUGAAUCUGCUCGUCUGCUAUGCGCACUCGUGCAAGGAGGUGCGCCGGCUGCUCUGGACCAUCGAGGCAAACUCGCUCUGGCUGCAGCGCUUGAUAUUGGACGAUCCCGAGCCGGCCGUACGGCGGGAGGCUUGCGCUGCCCUUUACCGGCUCUGUCUAGGCAAUGCGCAAACGUACUACGAGCUGAUGGCGCCGCUACUUUCCAAGCUGGUGGCACUGUUGCCGCUGGCAGAAAACAUGAAACCACAAUCGCUGACCGGUGGACCGGGCGGCGGUAUCUACGGCGCGCUCCUGUCGGCGGGAGACGAAACAAAGGAACCGUACGGUCCGGCUUGCCGAGACUACUUCUGGCUGCUGUGCCGACUGGUAGACGCACUCUCGCCCGAGCUUUUGCGGGGCAAUGCUGGCCACUCGGCGGGCGAUGAGCUGCAGCCGCGCGAUGCGAUUGGACUGGACGAUAUGUGUCAGCAGGUGGCGCGCAGCAUUCUCGAGCGCGAUUAUCUGGAGAGCCGGCACGGCAGCCCCGACGAUGGACUGUUCGGGCUGCUCAAUCUGAUGGCCAACCUGCUAAAGUUCGAUCCCGCGUUCAAGUACAGUCUCGUCGGGCAGGAGUUCAUGAUCAGCGUGUUCUGCUGCCUGUUCGAGCUGCCCUCGCCGGAGGACCGGGAAAAGCCAAAGUGUAAGAGCCACGCUGCACGGGCGGCGGCCUACGAUUUGCUGGUGGAGAUGUGUCGCAAUGCGCCGAAAAAUUAUCUCCUACUGCACGGCAAGUUGAUGCAGCAGCACCGUGCCGGUCCGCACUCGCCGUACCCGUGGGACUACUGGCCGCAGGACGAGGGACGCUCGGAGUGUGGUUACGUCGGUUUGACGAACCUCGGCGCGACCUGCUACAUGGCGUCGUGCAUUCAGCAUCUCUUCAUGACGCCCCAGACGCGGGAUGCCAUCCUGUCCAUCUCGACCGACGCACCGCAGAAGCAUAAGGCUACCCUGUGCGAGUUGCAGCGCAUGUUCGCCUACCUGAUGGAGUCGGAACGCAAGGCGUACUGUCCGCGAUCGUUCUGCCGGGUGUAUCAGAUGGACCAUCAGCCGCUGAACACGGGCGAGCAGAAGGAUAUGGCAGAGUUCUUCAUCGAUCUCGUAUCGAAGCUGGAGGAGAUGACGCCGGACUUGAAGAAUCUGGUCAAACGCAUCUUUUGCGGUGUCAUCAGCAAUAAUGUUGUGUCCUUAGACUGUGGGCAUGUGAGUAGAACGCUGGAAGAAUUUUACACCGUCCGUUGCCAGGUGGCAGAUAUGCGCAAUUUGCACGAAUCGCUCGACGAAGUUACCGUCAAGGAUACGCUCGAGGGUGACAACAUGUACACCUGUUCGCAGUGCGGCAAGAAGGUGCGCGCCGAAAAGCGUGCCUGCUUCAAGAAGCUACCGCAGAUUUUGUGCUUCAACACGAUGCGCUACACGUUCAACAUGGUCACCAUGCUGAAGGAAAAGGUAAACACGCACUUUUCCUUCCCGAUGCGGCUGGACAUGUCGGGCUAUGUGGAGAAAACGCUCAUGCCGCACCACUACCAGGAGGAGAAGCGAAAAUCGCAGAUGCGCCGAUCACACUCGCGCAACGUAAGCGAAUCGUCCGCCACGGGAGAGGUGAACCCUGCCGGUACGUCCGGGCUGGACGAUAAUAGUAGCAGCAGUGCCAGCAGCAGCACCAGCACCGGCUUGAUGAGCACAGGCAGUGAGUGUGGCAACGGUGGUAAUAAAACGAACGGCCCCGCACCGGCGGUAGAGAAGCAGCAAGAGAGCGAAGACGUUGAGAUGAAGAAUGCUAGCUCGGACGAGAAGGAUGGUGCCGAUGAUAGGAAGAAUGAUUCAUCGAACGGUAACCUUAGCGACAGCAGCAAUGGAGACCUGCAGCGGCAGCAGCAAACGAUGGACGAGGAAGAGUCGGAAGACUUCAAUGAGCACUACGAGUACGAUCUUGUCGGCGUAACGGUUCACACAGGAAAUGCGGACGGUGGGCAUUACUACAGCUUUAUCAAGGAGCGCAACGAGGACGGCGAUCCGAACCACCAGGAACGCUGGUUCCUCUUCAACGAUGCCGAAGUGAAGCUGUUCGAUCCAUCGCAAAUUGCGGCUGAAUGUUUUGGUGGAGAAAUGACGAGUAAAACGUACGACUCGGUGGCGGAAAAAUACUUGGAUUUUAGCUUCGAGAAAACGAACUCCGCGUACAUGCUGUUCUACGAGUGGCGUUCGAACAAGGGCAAAAACGUGCAGCGUGACCAGGCAGAAGAACAGCAAGCCACGAACAGCGCCACGACUGCACCUUCGGCAGAGAAACGAUCAUCUACUGCAUCAAACAGCAGUGUCGAUAGCGAUAAAAGAACUUUAAAUAAUGCAACUACUGGCAGUUCCGGACGGUCUCCCACUAAAAACCCGAUCAAAUCCGCUGGCGUGUCGGAAAGGGGAAGUUCCAGCAAGCAGCAAGACCCAACGCCAGAGCUAUCGGAAGGUGGCCAUUUCUCGAACAGAAAAGCCACCAUGCCGUCCCAAAGUUCUUCCUUCAGUUCGACUCCAUUUUCCAUGGCGCAAUCGUCGUUUUCGGCGGCCUCGCCUCUGCCAGCGUCGACUGCAGCUACUAGUGGUGGACCCUCUUUUAAAGUGGCACCGAAUACCAAUAGCAAAGCUGCCCUAGCGCAAGACCCGUUGCCAUCGAACCUGGGGCCAUCGAAGGAUUGUCAUCAGCCUGUCUAUGCUACAGCAGUGGGUCAAGGUCCGGCAUCAGCAAGAAACGAACGUGAUCAAGAGACUGAACAAUUCAUCCAACAACCUAGUGAAGUAGCUAAACAAAGUAAUAAUCUAAGUAAAUGUGAUAUAGAUACUAAGCACGCUAGCACUGCUAGAAUACCAUCAACGACAUCAUCACAGCAGCAGCAGCAGCAGCAGGAAGUUGAGGUGACAUCCACCAGAGUGGUCAGCCCGACGCCAACGACCGCAUCCCUUGCCAGCACUGCUUCACUGUCGCCAACGUCAACCGCGUCGACCGCUUCCGUUGCUUCAGCGGGAGCCGCUCCCACAGCGAUUACAGUUCCCACCACUGUGCCAAGUGCUCAAAGUGUACCGUCGUCGGUGUCCGCGUCCACGCCCUUACACCCGGUAAUCGUGCCACCGUUGGCAGGAUCAUCCAUCUCGACGGCACCGGUAUCGUCCUGCUUGGGUGUGCUGGGUGGGCCAGGGCCAGCAGCAGUAGCAGCCUCAUCGGUCAUCGGUUUCCAGGGAUCGACAUCGUCUGCAACGUCACCGUCAGCCAUGCUACAUGGCGUCGUUCCGGAACCGGCACCAUCCUCGUACUCAUCGAUAUCAUCCCUGUCGGCUCUGACGGCCACCGUGGGGGGUAACAUCGCGCUGCCUAUGGCAGCCGUCGUCGGACCAACGCCUGGUGGGCCAGGAUCGUCCUUCAGCGCCGUUGCAACACACGCCGUACUGCAGGCUUCAAGCUCGCCCGGUUGUUCCAGCAGUUCGGGCAGCGGAAGUUCCGGCAAUUCGGGGCUGGUAAUGGUGAAUCGGAUCAACCACUCGAGCAAACGUCUCCGCCGCCGGCCCCUAUCUAAGGAGCUAGAGGAGUGGAUAUGGCAGGAUAAUCGGCACUUCCUGCAGGACCGCAACAUCUUCGAGCACACGUACUUUAACUUCAUGUGGCAAAUUUGUGGCCAGAUACCGCAAAAUCUGCUGGCGCUACCGGAUAUAACGUGCAUCGCGGCUCAACUGUCAGUGUCGUUUUUUAUCGAAACAUUUAUACACGCAAAGGAAAAGCCAACGAUGGUGUUAUGGGUAGAGUUACUAACAAAACAGUUCAACGCCAGCCAGGAAGCAUGCGAAUGGUUUCUUAGCCAUAUGUCGGCCGAACCUUGGUGGCCUGUACAGGUGCUAAUACAAUGUCCAAAUCAGAUGGUUCGUCAGAUGUUCCAGCGACUGGUGAUACAUGUAAUACAGCGUUUAAGACAAAGUCACUGUAGUCUGUAUCUGAAGGCAGAAACCGACCUAGACGGAAAUGAAAUAAUCGGCAAUGUGUCGUGCGUGACGCGCUUCAUCAAAUCGCUCAUCAUGUUGAUGGAGCACGGUGCAAAAGCACAUUCGCGACAUCUGUCCGAGUUCUUCGGCUUGCUGUACGAGUUUUCUCGAAUGGGCGAAGAGGAGGCAUUGUUUUUGCUGCGCAUUAACGUGAUACGAAGUGUGGCCGAUUUUUAUCUCGGUCACAAAGGGCAGGAAUGCAUGGACGCCAAUUCGGACAAUGAGGAAAAUUCUUCGGACGAAGCACUAACGGUAGACAAAUCGCGGCCGGCCUCGUUGGACAAAAUGAUUGCACUAGUGGCAUCGCUAGUGGAACGGUCCAGAGGACCGGAUCUGCGGCUGCACCUGUCCGCCCGCGACUACAAUGCGAUCGCCGGUGGUAAAGGAUUCCCGUUCUUGUAUCAGCAAAUCAAGGACAACAUCAACCCGCAGCAGACGCGCCAUCUAAUCCACGCACUGUGUAGAUGUGACGAGCGGCUCGCUAGCCAAAUCAUAGCCAUGCUGUUCACCGCCGUCACGAAGCACACGGAGCUGUGCGGGCCAUUUUUCAAGCUUAUUACCCUGCUCACGGAAUCUUCCGGCGGUCCGUCGGGGCUACCGUGCUUCUCGCAGCUCGUCCUGCAGCGUGUCUGGGAUGCGGCCGAGUACUGUCCGCAGUCGGCCCUGGACUGGCUGGCCGUGCAGGCGCCACGCAACAAGAUCGUCCACAACUGGAUCCUGCAGUCGGCCGACAGCUGGGUGGAGCGGUUCCUGCUGGCACACGGAAACGCACGGGUCCGGAAUGCUGCCGCUUAUCUGCUGGUAUCUCUAGUGCCUUCGCAAAGCUUCCGCAACAACUAUCGAGCGACAUCGCACCACAAGCUAUCGAUGCACGUGUUUCAGCAUCGCGAAAUCUCCUGCGAAGCCCAGCUUAUUCUGCACACUAUACUGAACAUGCUGCUGCUCCUGCUUCGUUCGGCGCGCAACUACACCGACAUUAACGUGCACGGCACGAGCAAGUUUACCGCGUAUUUUAAUCUUCUAACUUACUGUUUGGUAUCCAAGACGGAGAAGCUUAUGGUUGGACCACACUUGAGGGCGCUGUGGGAUCUAUUUCACCCGAGACUGUCGGAACCGGCUGUACCGGCACAUCACAAUAAGCAAGCGUUGCUUGCGUUCUGGUAUCAGGCCACACUUGACUGUCCAGAAAAUGCAAGCCUCGUAGCAAACUGUCCAGACAUAACGAGGAACAUUGCAUUUAACUACAUUUUAGCUGACCAUGACGAUACGGAAAUAGUGACUUACAACCGUGCAAUGUUACCAGUGUACUAUGGUUUGCUGCGAAUGUGCUGCCAGCAAAGCCGCCUGCUGACCCGACAGCUAGCCGCUCACCAGAACCUGCAAUGGGCGUUCAAAAACAUCACGCCACAUCCGACCCAAUACCCGUUAGCCGUCGACGAGCUCUUCCGGCUGAUGACGCUGUUUGCCCAGCGACACCCAGAAGCGAGCGAGGCCGAACAGCGCGACGUGACCAUCUUCCGGCGGACGACGUUAACUGCCUAUCUGAAUGGACUGGAUGCGCGGGUGUCCUGGGGUACGCUAAUAGCGGCGCUGCGCAUCCUAGUAGACAACGAUGACGACCGCCUGUACGUGGUGCUGAACGGCGGCAUAACGCUUUGCUUCGAUGCACUGCACACGCUGCACUCGAUGUACCACGAGGCCACAGCGUGCCACGUGUACGGCGAUCUGCAGGAACUGCUGACGGAGGUAAUACUGCUGAUCAAUACCCUGCGGGCAAGUAGCCGCGAGCAGAAGAAGCGCCCGCAGCCGGCCUUGAUGAAGGGACUGCCGGAUGCCGUCCGGCGAUUGGCAACGCUGCUGAACACAUUCAAUCCACCCGAGAUGCGUAACCUGGCGCUGGAGGUGCUGAAGGAGCUGGUUAAGUGUGCGCCGCCGGACAUCAUUACGACGGUGCUGGUACCGCUGCUAACGAGCUGCCAUGCACCGCACGUGCAUCACCUAAUUCAUCAGGCAAACAGUGCCGGAAGCGGUAGCGCGGCGGCGACGGCCAAUGCAGCCGCUGCAUCAGCUGCAGCGGCCGCUGCUGCUGCUGCCUCGUCCAUCGGGCCGCUCGGUUCGUACUUUCCGCGGCGUGGAAUGAAAGCCGCCUGGCCACCGGUGUCAAAAAAUACGCCCCGUCCACCGAAAGCAAUGGUGCAGAUGAACAUUCCACAGUCACAGAUUUGUGAAAAGGGUUUGGACAAGGAUUUUGAUCUUGCACUUGAACUGUUCUAUCGACCGUACCACGAAUUUCUGGACAUAAUGUUCCGCGUGGCGGUUACAUCGAACCACUUUACGGAACCAUUGGUACACCUGUCGCUGUUGACCGGAAUCGAAGGCGUAGUGCUGCACUUUAACAUCUUUGCAAAGUUUUGGGUUGGGAUCUAUAACAACAAAACAACACACCGAUAUGCUGAUAUGCUCAUCAAGAAUCCACUGCUCAUUGAUUACAUCGACAACAUACUGAGAGACGAAAGACUUUCGCUCAAUGAUCCCAUCAUAGCGAAUUUUAUCGAAAUCUACUAUCCAAAGAUAAAAUCUCGUCUUGUGGUGCCACGCCUGUUGGAAUCCAUCUGUCAGCUGCUGCCGGACAAGAACAAUCUGGAGGAUAUAUGCGGCGAUCUGCAGGCGAUACGCAUUAUUGGCCAGCGCACGGGAAUUCCAAGCUCUGUCAAGGGUGCGCUACAGAACUCGCUGCAUGCCGUGCUAACAAAGUUCAAGGAUGAAAUCUACAGUGACGAAGAAGUACCAACGAAAAAGCGGAAAGUUACAGUGCCACACAUAACGAUACAUCCGGUUGUGCGAUCACCAUCCUCCGGUGGGAAUGUGUCUGCCGCCCAAGUGCUACCGGAGACGGGACAUUCCGCAGCAGGUGCAGCGGCGGCAAGCGUAUCCGAGGCGACGUUGGCCAAAGCUACGCGACUAAAGGAAACCAUACCACCCUCGAUUGAAAUAACGGUACAAAAUAAACCCACCCCUUCCGUGGGUGCUGCAGUUGGUGCUGGCGGUAGUGCUGGUGGCGUGAUAAAACAGCCAAUCGGAGCAGAAAGCCCAAGCUCCUCGAAUGAGGCACGAAAUCAACCGACCUCGUCGAAGAACCCAGUCCCCGAGGCAGCUGCAGCGGUUUCUGAAGCAACGCAACCAAUACAGCCGUCGUCACCUGGUAGUGGGGAAAAGGAAGCAGAAAAGGCCGGUGAACAGUCAGCGGGUGAGAAUGAUAUCAUCGGACCCACGGCAUUGGACGCCGGUACCACCAGUGAGCAGAACCUGAACCAGCAACAGCAGCAAAAGCAACAGGAACAGUACCUGCGUAAUUUGGUGAAAGACAUUGAGAGCCAUAUUGAGCUAAUAUUUGAGUGUUUGGACGAUGACGAGGGUGAGAAUGCGAACGAUACCAACAAUGCUAAGUCCCACCACCAGCAGCCGCAGCACGAUGAAACGGUCGAACGGCAGUCAGAAACGAGUGGAAAAGUACUACCCGAAAACCAUGCAACCAGCAACAACCCGCCCACUAAGCCCGAGUCCAGCCCCACCGCCGUAUCCAUGGGAGCAGCUAUGUCGACUUCCAGCGCUGCAGAAGGUAUGGAGCAAGGUGACGAUCUCACAGUAGCUAGCAGUAGCAGCACCAGUGCUGGCUGUCAAACCGCAGUCGAUGAAACACUGACAGCAGCUGCAGAAGUAGCCGCGCGGCGUAAGUUAGGCGAUAAUGGCGACACUGGACGGCAAUCACCAGCUGGUAGUAAGUUGCAAAAGAAACCAAUCGAAUCGCAGGAACCGCAGGGAAUUGGUGUAACCAGCAGUAGUAGUAGCGGUGAGGGUGGUUUUGUGAUGGCUGGAACACAAACACUGUUAGACACGCAGGACACUAACUCCCAGGUAGGUCCAGAAACGUCAGGUAAGGAAAAUACUUCAUCCACAUCGGAUACAAUAGAGGAUUGAGCGAUGGAAGGAAAGGAGGAAAUGGGAGAAGAAAAACGUUAAAUAGUAAGGUGCUAGAAAACAGAUAACGAAUGAAUGAAUGAUUGAAAGAGAGACAGUGAAAUAGACACAGAGAGAGUGAGAAAGAGAAGGAUAGAGAGAGCCCUACUAGGUAGCGAAGAACUGGGAGGUCUAUCGAUAAGGGGUCGAUUCUGCAUUCUGCCUCCCCAAAUAGAUUGCUCAUACAGGAAUUUGAAUCUAAAACAACGGUGUAGGAUUGACCCGAACUUCUCGUCCGAUCGAAUGAAAUAAUCACGUUUAAGGUAUAAUGUUUA